AUGUCCCGUCCCUCUUCAUCAAUCCCAUCAGUUAGCGGUGAUCGUCGCGCCUCUUCGUCAUCCAUUGAUCAUCGUGAGCAAAUGAUUUUAAAAGAGAAAGCUCGGUCAUUGCAGGAGAACAAGGUGACGCUCUCCUCAUCGUUUGGAGCGAUGCUUGAAAAUAUUCGUCACCGCGCUUCAGAGUUGUCGUUGUGGAAUGACGAGAUGCAAAAGGAUUUGCCGAAACGAUGGGAGAAACAUGGGAACAUGAUCGUUUUCCCGCAGGACUCUUUUCAGCAUAAUAAUUGGAGAUUAAUUGGCAGAGAACUUUGGGAAAUCGUGGCCACCUCGCUGAGCAUCGAGCGACUCGGUCGGAAGCGGUUGAUCGCCAACGAUUUGGACAGAACCCCGCAUGUCGACAUUCUUUAUGGAGGACACGGUUGGGUGGAGCAUCAAGACGAGAAUGGCUUUAGUUACAUCUACGAUGCAUCGAAAAAAGUUUUCGAGAUUUGGCGAGGCAAAGAGAUCGCACGAAUCGCUCAAAUCGAUGCUCAUGGAGAAGUGAUUGUUAAUCUGAUGAGUGGCCUUGGAUACUACGCUUUCCCAUGGGUGGCAAGAGCCGCCGCUCGACACGUGCAUGCAGUCGAUUGGGACGAAGAGGCCAUUGAGUCACUUGUGCGUACGACGACCGCCAACCGUUUAGAUGACAAAGUCACCGUACAUUCGGGUGAGGCACGAAAGUGCGCUCCAGCUGGCAUUGCUGAUCGUGUUUACAUGGCUUUGUUGCCCUCGUCGAAGGCUUUCUGGAUGACCGCUUGUAAAUGUCUGAAGGAGAAAGGCGGCUGGUUGCAUAUCCAAGAGGCGAUCGACCCCAAACGGAAACGCGUCUCCGAGCCACAAAAGGACAAAUCAAAAUCACCAAGCGCGCAAAAGUCCACCGAAAACGGCGCCUCCGCCAAAGAGAAAACCGAUGUAAACGGGAACACGAAAAUCGGUGAGAAGAAACUUCAGCGAAAACUCAGCCGAUCGGCAUCGAUAGUGGAAGAGAUGGAAAAUCGAGCGCUCCCGCCAGCAACGCUCGACAAAGAGUUCGAGGAGGGAAAAUGGCGAAAAAUCGAGGAACACGUGCAAGGAUUUGCUUGGGAUUUAGCUGAACAAUGUUGUCGCUACAUGAACAACGUGAACGUCGUUGAUGGCAUUUAUUGGGUACAAAUCAAGAACAUUUCCGUUUUAAGGCCACGCUCGAGCACACGACAGACGGAUAUCGUUUGCGUCGAUUUGUUCACUGGUUUCAGCGAGACGAAACAAGAAAAGCGGCGGCGAGCGACACGCGCUUCCCCCAGUGAAACCCUAAAUGAGCACAUCGACGAAUCAUUGGGAAAUUUGAGUGAAGAGGAUCACCGCGGACAGGGGAACGAUGAGAGGGAUCAAGAGAGUCAAAAACCGCGUCGUCGUCGGAAUUGGGAAGAAGAAAUUCUGAAGCAAAUUGAAGAAGAAGAUCGUUUAGAAAGAGAGGAAAAAGAGAAACAAAAAGAAAAGGAAAAGAAAAAG